ACGACUGGUUCAAAAGAAUUUGCAUCAUCUACAGUGGGCAUCGUCGUUGCGUCAGGAUCUACUUUCGUGGCGACAUGCCCUACUCACAAGGGGUCCAUGGCUAGCGAGAUCUCUUCCUCUAUUAAUACCGGCCCCGGCCCCGGCCCCAUCGUGUUCGGUCGUGUACUUCUCUAUCUAUCCAAUCUUUUUCAUUUUGUGCCUGUUUCUCAGCCUGUGGGAAGACCAAAAUGAGCAGCUCGAUGAGCAUGGUGGAGGCAAGGUUGCCGCCGGGGUUCCGGUUCCACCCGAGGGACCACGAGCUCGUGCUGGACUACCUCUGCCACAAGCUCUCCGGUGGUGGAGGCCGUGGCGGCGGUGGCGGUGGAGUGGACAUGGUCGACGUCGACCUCAACAAGUGCGAGCCAUGGGAGCUUCCAGACGCGGCGUGCGUGGGCGGCAGGGAGUGGUACUUCUUCAGCCGGCACGACCGCAAGUACGCGACGGGGCAGCGCACCAACCGCGCCACGCACACCGGCUACUGGAAGGCCACGGGCAAGGACCGCGUCAUCACCGGCGACGGCGCGGCGGCGGUCGUCGGGAUGCGCAAGACGCUCGUCUUCUACCUGGGGAGAGCCCCCCGGGGAACCAAGACCGAGUGGGUCAUGCACGAGUUCCGCGUCGAGGGCCGCCCGCCGCGCUCGGUCCACCGCCAGCUCGCCGCCCCCCACGACGGCCCGCUGCCGUCUCUCCUCGAGGAGGACUGGGUGUUGUGCAGGGUGUUCUACAAAAGCACAACCGCCUCACCAACACCGGCCUCCGACGAGUCGUCAGGUUCCCUGAGCAGCGACCUUGGCGUGGCGCCGGUGCUGCUGCCCGUAGCACCUAUCAAUGUCGUUGGCCGGACGCCGAUGGCCGAGAUCACGGACGGCUACUACGGGCAGCAAGAGUACCCCACUGGCAUCCUUCCGGUUGUGCACCACUGGCCCGCGGCGCCAUUGCCGUUCACGAGCUUCAGGGACAUGCUAGGUGACAUGGUGGAAGGGAGCCGUGGUGACCCGAAGCCAGAGUGGAGCGUUGACGACGGCUACACGCGUCAGAGCGUGCCACAGACUUGGAACCCGUUCUGACUUUUGAGUCGGUGGGUUUUCGCAGGGUAGAUGGUAAGGGUAGUAUACGUUGUGCCGUCCACCCGGUCGUCAUAUGUUUGAUUAGUGAGCAAAUUGUUUUGUCCAUUUCUGUAGUAGUGUGAUUGUAUGGCUUUUAUUAGCCCUAGUGCAGUAGUUAAGAAUUGUAAAUUGGAUAAAUGGCAUGUUGCAAUUCAGUAAAUAUAUUGUAUUUUAGGUAUUAUUACAGUUUUAAAA